AUGCUCUUGAUCCUUUUUUCAAUUCAUAACAAAUUAGGCGACUUCACGAGAAGCGACGAUGACGAGGAGAAGAGCAGUGUCACGUAUGCGAUCAGACAAUAUCGUUUCUUUCAGCAAUACACAGGUGAUGUGGUAAACGGUUGGGACGUGGUGAUUUUAGAGACAAAAACAGAGAUUCAUCUGGAUAAAUAUCGCAAAAUAUUUGCAACUAUUUGUGAAGAUGAUGACAGAAUGAGGCCAGUGCGUGCAAUUGGAAUGGGUCUGACAGAUUCAGAGAAAGCUACGAGGCCGCAUACACUAAUGGAAGCUAACCUGGUUGAAGUGCCCGAGAGAGAGUGUCUGGAGGUGUUUGGCCAUGGCCUCGCACCUCUCAACAGCGAAGUGUGCGUCAAGGCCAUGGAUAAAGUUGCCACUUGCAUGGGCGACUCUGGAGGCCCUGUGUUCGUGACUGAAAACGACGAGCCGAAGUGUCUUUACGGUCUCGUGAGUUACGGUCGUGCCGAUAGGCCAUGUGGAUCGCUCCUCUCGCCCACCGUCUUCGCCAAAAUCUCUUUCUACUAUCCCCUAAUGGCCGAAACUGGCAUUCGAGUUGCAUAUUCUUUUGAAGUCAAAUCUUCAAGGUGUCUGAAAAUCGCUUUCUACGCACUUUUCUUCACACAGAUCUCGUGA